AUGGAGUUGCCAGAGGAUUUACUUGAAGCAUCGGAUGAGGCAUCAGAACUGGGGCCGGAAGCGGAGACAGAAGAAGAUUUCGAAGAAAUGGAAGUUGGAGCAGAAUGUUUAGACCUGGACGAAGAACUUGCAAAGCCACUAGAAGAUCUUGCAUCUGAUGGGCUUGGUGAAGGACCCGCAGAGCCAGCUGAGUAA